AUGGAAUCAACAACCCCCCAAGGCUCGAAAAGCCUGAGCCAGUGUACUACACCGCGAAAUAACAGCUAUGCCCAUCCAGAGAAACAAGAUCUCGAAAAGCAAGCCUCAGUCGAAGGACUGGCGCCAUCGCCAACCAAGCCCUCCAUUUUCCCUGAAACAGACCUCUCACGCGGAAUUGUAGGCUGGGAAGGUCAAGAUGACCCCAACAAUCCUCAGAACUUCCCUGAAGGGAAGAAAUUGGGUCUUCUCGGCUUGAUCAGUGCAUUUACAUUGAUAUCGCCCCUUGCCUCCAGCAUGUUUGCCCCUGCUGUCGGCUUCAUGGCAGCUGACUUCCGCGAAACAAACGAGACACUUCUUUCUUUUACUGUUAGUGUCUUCCUAAUAGGAUACACGUUCGGCCCGUGCUUCCUCGCCCCCUUAAGUGAAAUCUACGGCCGCCGCAUAGUCUUCAGCUGCGCGAACUGGUUCUUCGUCGUCUGGCAGAUCGGAUGCGCACUCGCCCAGAACAUCGAAACAGAGAUAGUCUGCCGGUUCUUCGCCGGGAUCGGGGGCGCUGGCUGCAUCACCCUCGGUGCCGGUGUGAUUGCCGACCUGUUCCCCGUUGAGCAGCGCGGAAAGGCCACUGCGAUCUGGGGUCUUGGUCCGCUUAUUGGGCCUGUUGCGGGGCCUAUAGCGGGUGGGUUUAUUGGACAGGAGGCUGGAUGGCGCUGGACGUUUUGGGUUUUACUUGUUGCUGGGGGUGUGAUGGCGACCGCGAUUGAAGUGUUUAACCAGGAGACGUUUGCGCCGGUGCUGAUUAGGUGGAAGAUGGAGAAGUUGGCGAAGGAGACAGGACGGACGGAUUUGCGGAAUGCGUAUGAUGAGCAAACUGCAGGCCCUGUCAGUGUCAAGAAGGCUCUCAAGUCUGGUCUCAUGAGACCGUUCAUCUUGCUUGUCAAGUCGCCAAUUGUCCUCCUCCUUUCUACUUAUAUGGCCCUCGUCUACGGCCUCUUAUACCUCUUCUUCACGACCAUCUCUUCCGUCUUCCGAACCAAAUACGGCUUCUCAGCUGGUCUCUCGGGCCUCGCGUACCUAGGCAUCGGCAUCGGCUUCAUAGCCGGAAUCGCCUUUACCGCAAGCACCAACGAUAAAAUCCUCCUCAAACUAACCGCGCGCACCGGCCGCUUCGAGCCCGAGAUGCGUUUACCGCUAAUGAUCUUCUUCGCCAGCAUCCUGCCCAUCUCCUUCUUCUGGUACGGCUGGACAGUCUACUACGAUGUCCACUGGAUCGUGCCUAUAAUCGGGAUGUUCCCGUUCGGGGUCGCCAUGAUCGGUGUAUACAUUCCGAUCCAGACGUAUGUGAUUGACUGCUACCCGAAGUAUGCGGCGUCUGCGAAUGCGACGCUUACGGCCACGAGGUCGUUGGUUGGGGGGUUGUUGCCGCUGGCUGGGCCGAAGAUGUUUGAAUCACUGGGACUGGGAUGGGGGAAUUCGUUGCUGGGCUUUUUGGCUUUGGUCUUUGUGCCGAUUCCGAUUGUUUUUACACGGUAUGGCAAGGUUAUUCGCGAGAGGUGGCCUGUUGAUUUGGAUAGAAUAUAG